GGGAGCGGGGCAGCGCGGUCGAGAGCGCGCGUGCGCGGGGCCGCGCUAGAGGCGGCGGCGGCGCUAAGGGCGGGAGCGCGCGCAGGAGCUAGAACGCCGUGGUCUCCGCGCCGGCCGGGUCCGCAGUUCGGGAUCGGGUGGCUGGGGCGGGGGGAGGGGGGCCCAGGCAGGUGGGGCGGAAAGCGAUGAGUCCUCGGCGCCUCCUCCGCCUCCCGCGGGCCCCGCUCUCUGCCUCCCGCUCCGACGCCCGGAUGAUCUGAGCCGCGAGGGCUCCGAGAGCCGGGGGCCCGGACCCAGCCCGGCUCCUCCCCUCCUCCUCCCGGGCCCGGCCGCCGUCGCGGGACCCCGUGCCCGGCCGCCGUCGCUGCCGCAGCCCCGGCCGACCGAGGGACCUGCCCGCCCGCGGCUGCUCCGGACCGAAAGGAUCAAGUCAUAAUGGGAGCAUUUUUAGACAAGCCAAAGAUGGAAAAGCAUAAUGCCCAGGGGCAGGGGAAUGGGUUGCGUUACGGCCUAAGCAGCAUGCAAGGUUGGCGAGUUGAAAUGGAGGAUGCACACACUGCUGUGAUCGGUUUGCCAAGUGGACUUGAGACAUGGUCAUUCUUUGCUGUAUAUGAUGGGCAUGCUGGUUCUCAGGUUGCCAAAUACUGCUGUGAGCACUUGUUAGAUCACAUCACCAAUAACCAGGAUUUUAAAGGGUCUGCAGGAGCACCUUCUGUGGAAAACGUAAAGAAUGGAAUCAGAACAGGUUUUCUGGAGAUUGAUGAACACAUGAGAGUUAUGUCAGAGAAGAAACAUGGUGCAGAUAGAAGUGGGUCAACAGCUGUGGGUGUCUUAAUUUCUCCCCAACAUACUUAUUUCAUUAACUGUGGAGACUCGAGAGGUUUACUUUGUAGGAAUAGAAAAGUUCACUUCUUCACACAAGACCAUAAACCAAGUAAUCCCCUGGAAAAAGAACGAAUUCAGAAUGCAGGGGGCUCGGUGAUGAUUCAGCGUGUGAAUGGCUCUCUGGCUGUAUCGAGGGCCCUUGGGGAUUUUGAUUACAAAUGUGUCCAUGGAAAAGGUCCCACAGAGCAGCUUGUCUCACCAGAGCCCGAAGUCCACGAUAUUGAAAGGUCUGAAGAAGACGAUCAGUUCAUCAUUCUUGCGUGUGAUGGUAUCUGGGAUGUCAUGGGAAAUGAAGAGCUCUGUGACUUUGUGAGAUCCAGACUUGAAGUCACUGAUGACCUUGAGAAAGUUUGCAACGAAGUAGUCGACACCUGUUUGUAUAAGGGAAGUCGAGACAACAUGAGUGUGAUUUUGAUCUGUUUUCCAAAUGCACCUAAAGUCUCAGCAGAAGCGGUGAAGAAGGAGGCAGAGCUGGACAAGUACCUGGAAAGCAGAGUAGAAGAGAUCGUAAAGAAGCAGGGGGAAGGCGUCCCUGACUUAGUCCAUGUGAUGCGCACGCUGGCCAGUGAGAGCAUCCCCAGCCUACCCCCCGGGGGUGACUUGGCAAGCAAGCGGAAUGUAAUUGAAGCCGUUUACAAUAGACUGAACCCUUACAAAAAUGACGACACUGAUUCUGCAUCAACUGAUGAUAUGUGGUAAAGCUGCUCAUCUGGCCAUGGAUUCACCUUCCUCCAAAGGAGAACUCAGCCCAUCCUUGCCGAGCCUCUAACAUCCAUCAUCGACUUAAAGGAAGGGUCCGACACGGUGAGGGACUGCAGCUUCAGCGCUGGAACAGCUAGCCCAGAAUGGAUUUUUUUUUAAUUGUAAAUUUGAGACUUAUGGAAACAUGAUUUCAAACCGUAAUUCAUGUUGUAAAUCAGACUCCAGAAAUUUUUGUUGUAUGAUUUUGGUUUUUGUAAAGUGUAAUUGUCCUUGUACAAAGUGCUCAUAUUUAAUUAUGAACGGCUUUAAAAUCACUAUCGAUGAUAAAGGAGAUUUGGCUUGAUGUGUGACACAAGAGAAAGUGAUGCUCUAUUGGACCUGGGGUUGGGAUGGGGAAGCAGCAGCAGCAGCAGCCACAUGGCUCGAUGCUCGUGUGCGCAUGGUGAUGAAGAAUCCCAAAAGCUGACAAGCUGUACGGCCAUGGUCUGUGGAAACUGUCUUUGUGUUCUGGCAAGGGACUGGCUCGGUGAUCCAGCCAUCCCUUCUCACCUGUCUCUAGGAUGUCCUCUCCUCGUAGCCAAGAGUAUUGCAGCUCAUCCUGUGUAUUCAUGAGAGUAUCUAUCAAUUUGGGGCUAACAUGCCUUGAUUCUCUGCACCUCUUUAUGAGUUCUUACAUUUAAUUAUGAAUUGGUAAGCAGCCGCUUCCUACACAGUAGGAGACUGCCACAUUUUUUUCCUGUCACGAUUGGCUGUUCCUGCUGCUGUUCCUAGUAAGAUAUUCCGAAUACCAUUUUGUCAAUAAAGCUUGGUUUAACAAACAAGAAAAGUAAUCAUGUAUGCGUAAUUCCUCUUUCACCACUGUUUUCAAACCCUAUGUGGAGUAAACGGGAUGUUCCUCCUAGGGAAAACUGUAUGUAUCCUUAAAUUGAUGAUGGUGUUAGCAUCCAGGUCCAUACAGGGGGAUGGGAAGACUAACGUCUGCUGUUCCUACUGUUGAGAAGGGUUUCUCUCGGGCUGCUUAAGAUGUGCUUGGAUCACCUACUGUUAAUUAACUCAUUGUCAAAAGUCUGACAGUCCUAACACUAUGAUGUGUGUGUGUCGAAUGUGUGUUUGCCUGUAACUUUUAAUUGACCCACGUCUUUAGAAUCUAAGAGGUUAAGAUAUAUUUGUGAUUUGAAAUAUAGCAUGUUGAUAAUAUUUAGAUGUUGGCCUUUAAAAAUAAAUUUCAAAGCUUAAGGAA